UGCAUUCGUUUUGUGUUGAAUCUACAUAGCCGGCGUGUUUGACUUUAACAGCGUUCUCGAUUUUUAGGGAUAAACAAACAAACUUGACAGCUCUCAGUUUCGCUUAUAGGCUGCAUUUACACGUGUAUUCACCGAAAACAUGAACGGGCACGAAAAUUCUUUCAUUGAUGAAGAUUGCUUUCUGUUCACUUCUGAGUCGGUCGGUGAAGGACACCCUGAUAAGAUUUGUGACCAGAUCAGUGAUGCCGUGUUGGACGCUCAUCUCAAGCAGGACCCCAACGCUAAGGUUGCAUGUGAAACUGUAGCUAAAACUGGAAUGAUCUUGCUUGCGGGCGAGAUCACCUCUCAUGCCAACGUCGACUACCAGAAGGUUGUUAGAGAAACCAUCAAGCAGAUCGGCUAUGACGACUCCUCCAAAGGGUUCGACUAUAAAACCUGCAAUGUCCUUGUGGCUUUGGAGCAGCAAUCCCCAGACAUUGCCCAGGGUGUCCACCUGGACCGCAACGAGGAAGACAUUGGUGCAGGAGACCAGGGUCUGAUGUUUGGCUAUGCCACCGAUGAGACUGAAGAGUGUAUGCCCCUGACCAUCAUCCUGGCACACAAGCUGAACGCUAAAUUGUCUGAGCUGCGGCGCAACGGCUCUCUGCCGUGGCUGAGGCCGGACUCCAAAACGCAGGUGACAGUACAGUAUCGUCAGGAUCGUGGCACCAUGGUCCCCUUGCGCGUGCACACAGUGGUAGUGUCUGUGCAGCACAAUGAGGACGUGGGCCUGGAUGAGAUGCGUGAUGCCCUGAAGGAGAAGGUUGUGAAGACAGUGGUGCCCAGUCGUUACCUGGAUGAUGACACCAUCUACCACCUGCAGCCCAGCGGCCGCUUUGUCAUCGGAGGACCACAGGGUGACGCUGGUCUGACUGGACGCAAGAUCAUCGUAGACACGUACGGAGGCUGGGGUGCUCACGGUGGCGGUGCGUUUUCUGGAAAAGACUACACUAAAGUGGACCGCUCUGCUGCCUAUGCUGCUCGCUGGGUUGCCAAAUCUCUGGUGAAGGCAGGACUUUGCAAACGCGUCCUUGUGCAGCUGUCGUAUGCCAUUGGUGUGGCCCAUCCGCUUUCUGUUUCCAUUUUCCACUACGGUACCUCUGAGAAGAGUGAGAAGGAGCUACUUGAAAUUGUGCAGAAGAACUUUGACCUCCGCCCUGGCGUCAUCGUCAGAGAUCUGGACCUGAAGAAGCCGAUCUACCAGCGCACCGCCGUGUACGGCCACUUCGGCCGUGACUCUUUCACUUGGGAGGUGCCUAAAAAGCUCCACUAUUAAACCUGUAACAGCUUCUCCUUUCAGUUAGCAGGUGUACACUACAGAAAAACCUUGCUGCUUUGAGGAGAAUGGUGUAACCUCAUUCUUGACCCUAAUCCCCAUCCUUCUGAAUCAAGAAGUCUUGAAAAGAAAGAAAUGCGUCCUUCUUUUAGCUUGCACCUUUACAACAAUUUCGAUCGUCGCCAUUUUUAUCUUUUUCUUUUAUUUUUUCCCUGUCCUCUAAACUCCUUCCUCCCUCAUGCUCCUGUCCUGCAUCCUACUGAAGUUAAUGAUGGCACAAGUUGAUUAUUUGUAUGCAGAUUGCUAUGCAUUGCCACACAAAGCACUGAAGCCAAUCAAACCUCUUAUUUAUUUAUUUUUUUCCUUUUUGACCUUUUCUACCGGUACCACUUAUGCCAGCAUGACCUUUUUUCAAUGCAUUUUAAUCACUUGAACGAUUCAAAACCUUGGGAUCAGAGGAAUGUUUAAUAAUCUGAAUGCUGCCGGUGUGUGGAAUCAAGUAUGGUAGAGCAAAAGUAUAACUAUAGGCCUGUUUUGAUUGGAGAAGGUAUAUAUUUUUAUUAGAUGAAACAGUUUUUCCAGAUGUCUGUUGCUGACAUCUCAGUCCUUGCAGGCCAUAUGUAUUCUGGUGUGUUACAGAGAAACCAGAAGCUGCUACCAACUGUGGAACUGCAGGGCUGUGAUUCUUAGCUCCACCCCUUUUCUACAAUUUAUUUCUCAGUAAAUUAUUUAUAUAGAUUAAAUUUUCUCAGUAUCUUUUUUUUUUUUUCUUUUUUUCUUUUCCAUCUGUCCGUGGUGAAGACUCUGCAUUCCCCCCCCCCACGCGCAUGCUCGAUAGCCGGCGUAGUUACAGAGAAGCCGAGCUUCCUUGCUGCAGCGGGUGGGUUGCCUUCACUGAUCGAAUGCCACUGGUUUCAAGCCCUGCUUUCAGGGAGCCUCUAGAGCCCUGGCAAGUUGGAUUCCUUUUGUACGUAAAAUAUUAAGUUAUCCUGAGCAGCAGUGUAGCUGUGUGCCCAUUGAGUUGCACAGGGUCAUCAGAAUUAAGUCGUGUUAUUUAGUGAUGUCCUCAGAAUUAGCACAGUGAUGUCAUCCACAGCGCAUCGAAUCAGAAUCCAUUUCUUUGGCCAAGUGUGACGCACACAAGGAAUUUUUUUCCAGCUGUUUGCGAAAAGUAGACAUAAAUACACUAUACAUUUAGCUUGGACUAGACAAGACAAUGUAAGACAAUAUAGACAGUAUGUGUAUUAAAUAGAAAUACAGAAUAUAUGACAGAUCAGUAAUGUACAUAAAGUGUAAGAGUGCAUGUUAGUGCAAAUAACUAUUGUGCAGUAUUAUGCUUUUGUACAAUAUACAGCAACAAUAGUGUGUGUAACAUGUACUGAUGUGGUGAUUGACAGUUCUGAUAAUGUAGUACAGGGAAUAUAAUUAUGGAGAGUUGUUAAUCAGGGUGAUUGUCUGGGGAUAGAAACUGUUUCUGUGUCUGGCAUUUUUGGUAAACAAAGUUCUGUAGAAGGGAGGAGCUGAAAGAGGUUGUGUCCAGGGUUCAAAGGGACCUAAAAGCUUUGAGGCUCUGAUGCUGGGUGUCUCUUGAGGCUGUGACCAUUAUUGCCUGUUUUUAAUUUUACCCAAUUAACGGCAUAUUUAAGAGAGACCGACCAUACGCGCACGUAUUUUUACAUAUUGGAUCUGCUCUGCAACCGAGACAGAAGCAAGAGUUUGGCCAGUGUUGUACAGAGAAACUGGCCUUGUUUACAUUGCUCUGCUCGAUAGCGAGUCUUUUACAUGUUAGUUUUUUCAUUUAUUAUUUUAAACGCCAGCCAUUGAUGCACAGACUGGCUACUGGAAGAGCAAAAGUGCCUUUCCCCCCCUCUUCUUCCCUUCCUGCCCCACUCCCUCUUGCCUUUUUCCCCAUUUCUUUCCACCAUACUUUCUCCCUUUGAUGUUUUUACCUUUUGCAAUUCCAAAAUCCUCCUUGCACCUGACAUUGUAUCCUGAUUCCAAAUAAAACUUCUGCCCUUA